AUGGCAAACCCCCCUCUUUUAUCUGACUCAGGCAUGGAAAUGGACUUGGCAAUGGAUAAUUCAGGUUCGAACAUCGUUACGAUGGAACCUUUUUCUUCUCCUGUUUUGGAAAGAAAGAAAAAUGCAAAAGUGAAUUCAAGGAACUUAAAUAUUCAAAAUAAUAAGAAAGGAAAAAUGGAGAUUCUUCCUGGUAUGUAUGAAUUAGUUUCAUACAAUAAGUUUAUAGUUCUUAGGCUCGAAGAUGAUGUAUUGCAGAAUAUCAGCGUAUUUAAAGCAAGCAGAGAAAUUAAUAAUGUAUGUAACAGUGUACCAAAAAUUCGUCCACAGAAUGAUGGGACCCUGUUAGUCAAAGUCUCCUCACCUGAACAAAGUGAAAAAUUGCUCAAGAUGAAUACCUUAGUAGGGCAAAAAGUUACGUGUUUCCCUCAUCCUAUUCAUAACCAAAGUCAAGGAGUAAUAUAUGCUCCCGAACUGCUCUUAUUAGACAACGAAGAAAUUCAGCAGGAAUUAGAGGGACAGAAUGUGGCAAAGGUGGUCGGAAUGAGAAAGGAGGUGGGAGAUCAGAUUGUUCCCCUGGCAACGCUGAUCCUCACUUUUAACACCUUUAAAUUACCUAAUGCUAUCAAGGCAGGAUGGCUGAACUUCAAAGUCAAGCCAUACAUACCAUCACCUUUGAGAUGUUACCACUGCCAGAUGUUUGGCCACUUGAUCCAGAAAUGUAGAAAGAAAAUGAAUGAAGAACCAGCUUUAUGUUGUAAUUGUGGCGAGGAAGCACAUGGACCAUGCAGUGAGCCACCGUCUUGUGUUAAUUGUAUAGAAAACCAUCCUGCAUCCUCAAAAAGUUGUGUAAAAUUUAUUUUAGAGAAGGAGGUGCAAACAGUUAAAGUUAUGGAAAAGAUUUCGUUUAAAGACGCUUGA